GGCGAAUAGCAGAGCGGCACCUCACAUAAUUUUAGGUGAACACCUUGAAACUAAACAGGAAUGUCCCAUGUGAUAUAAAAGAGUUUGAGAAGUGUGUAUGUGGGUUACAUAGGACAGAGACUGCAUAAAAGUAAUAUAAUUUCAAGCCUGCUCAAGAACUGCCGAGUUAACCAAAUUGGAAACAACAUGCUCGGAAAAAAAUCGUUCCUUCUGUUGAUGCUCUUGGCCCACCUUGUAUUUGUGACAAAGAGUGAGGACAGCGAAGGAGAGGAGGCUCUGGAAGAUGAUGAUGAUGAUGACGACGACAAUGAUGAAAUUGAAGAGGAAAAUGAUGUUUUGAUUCUAAAGGACUCUAAUUUUGAUACCUUUAUGACAGAUAAAGACACUGUGCUAGUAGAGUUCUAUGCACCAUGGUGUGGUCAUUGUAAACAAUUUGCUCCCAUAUAUGAACAAAUUGCAAAGCAUUUAAAAGAACAUGAUCCUCCAAUCCCUGUAGCCAAGGUUGAUGCAACAGCAAAUACUGCUCUUGGUGGCCGCUUUGAAAUUCAAGGAUAUCCUACAAUUAAGAUUUUUAAAAAGGGACAGCCUGUGGACUAUGAUGGAGAUCGUACAGAACAAGCUCUUGUUUCCAAAGUGACAGAAGUUGCUAAACCUGACUGGAAACCUCCCCCUGAGGUCACUUUGGUCUUGAGUAAGGACAAUUUUGAUGAGGUGGUGAAUGAUGCUGAUAUCAUUUUGGUUGAGUUCUAUGCACCUUGGUGUGGACACUGUAAGCGACUUGCUCCCGAAUAUGAAAAGGCUGCCCAAGAGUUGAACAAACGAAUACCACCCAUCCCACUGGCCAAGGUUGAUGCCACAGCAGAAAGUGAAAUUGCAAACAGAUUUAAUGUCACGGGAUACCCAACCCUCAAGAUAUUUCGGAAGGGUAAAGACUUUGAAUAUAAUGGGCCAAGAGAGAAAGAAGGAAUUGUUUCUUACAUGAUUGAUCAAGCUGGUCCUCCUUCAAAGCAAAUACAGACUGUUAAGCAGUUGCGCGAGUUUAUUAAAGAAGGUGAUGAUAUUGUAAUCAUUGGAGUGUUCCAGGAUGACCAUGACAUUGCAUUAGCAUCCUACCAGGAAGCUUGCAAUAAUCUACGAGAGGAUUACAAUUGCCAUCACACUUUUAACAGCGAUAUUGCAAAAUCCCUGAAGACAUCUCCUGGGCAUCUGGUCCUGGUGAAACCUGAAAAGUUCCAAUCAAAAUAUGAACCAGAAUCUCACAUGCUGAAAUUUACUGAUACAACCACUAGUGCAGAAGUGCGAGAUUUCAUUACUCGGCAUGAUCUUCCCUUAGUUGGCCACAGAAAACCCAGCAAUGAUGCUAAAAGAUACAGUAAACGGCCACUGGUAGUUGUUUAUUAUGGUGUGGAUUUCAGCUUUGACUACCGUGUUGCCACUCAGUUUUGGCGUAACAAAGUGUUGGAGGUGGCCAAAGAAUUUCCAGAAUAUACUUUUGCUAUUGCUGAUGAAGAAGAUUAUGCAGAAGAGUUGAAGGGACUGGGGCUAAGUGAAAGUGGUGAAGAGGUUAAUGUAGCAAUCCUGGGAGAUGGAGGAAAGAAGUAUGUAAUGGAACCAAGUGACUUUGAUUCAGAUGCUCUUACAGAAUUUGUCACUGCAUUCAAAAAAGGAAAAUUGAAGCCAGUUGUGAAGUCACAAGCAAUUCCCAAGAGUAAUAAAGGUCCAGUUAAAGUUGUUGUGGGCAAAACGUUUGAAGAUAUUGUGAUGGACCCCAAAAAGGAUGUGUUGAUCGAGUUCUAUGCACCCUGGUGUGGCCACUGCAAAAAACUGGAACCCGAAUACCUUGAGCUGGGUAGGAAGUACAAGCAGGAGCCAAAUAUAGUAAUUGCCAAGAUGGACGCCACUGCCAAUGAUGUGCCUCGUGAUAUUUAUAAAGUGGAGGGCUUCCCCACAAUAUACUUUGCUCCCAGUAACAAUAAACAGAAACCAAUAAAGUUUGAAAAUGGCAAGAGAGACUUGGAAAGUCUAUCACAAUUUGUAGAAAAGCAUGCAACAAAACUGUCAGAGAAACGCAAAGAUGAACUUUAAAGCUGUGCUGCUUUUGAGAUGUAACCUUGACAGAUAUUAUACAGGAUAGAGUUCAAUCUGCAUUUUGGCCAGAAGGAGUAAUUAAGUGUUUGGGAAUGGGCUUCAUAUGGAUUAUAUCCUUUAUAUAGUGAUGGAUUUUUGUUACUGAGAUGUGUUUUAAAGUACUGUGUAUUUGAUAUUUCAACUUCCCAAAGCUAACCUUAAUGAUGAUUUUUAAUAAAUUUAAAUUAUGACUGUA